ACAUCAAUCCUCUGUUGACCGUGUAGUCCAUCUUAAUAGGCUUCCAGAUAGCAGUCACCGUGAUGGUUCAAUUUACAGGGACACAUAUCAAUGGCAAAAAGACUACCGUAUUGCCGACCGCACUGAGAGGUCUGAUGUUAUAUAUCAUCAGAAAACUUAAAAGGAUGACUUCUAGAAGAGAAACAGAAGAAGAAAAAUUUCAGGGAGGGGUGAAAUGACCUGAAGCAGUUCAUAGGUGAAUGUUAGCUGGCCAGGUGCAGACCCUCACCCUCAGCCACGCGCACACACAAACUUGAGAGUGAUAGUGCAGAAGGGAGAACAGAGCGCAAAAGUCACUCAGAGUGCUGAUGCCCUACUUCGGAGUGCUACUGCUGCUGAACUACUUCACAUCAAACCAUGGUAGCAUAUAUAUACAAAGAUUCUACUGUCCUAUGGGGCAGGAUAGCUGAGGGACACUAGCAGUCUAACAAAAGUCUAGUGUUCUCACUAAAGCUUGGCUUCUAUUCGGCCCUGCGAAGUCUGCUGCUGCAGUUGCAGACUUUCAUGCGCAAGAAGACCAGCAAAUUAUCUAAUAGGGAACCUAGAAACAGUUUAGGGGUUCUGAAAUACAUUGGGGUAGAAAAUGUGGAAGUUUUCCUUUCAGAGGUGAUUAGACUCUUUCUUUUUCUUAAUGCAAUGAUAUGCAGCUCUCCUGCGUGCUUGAGAAAAAAAACUCUUUUUCUUUGGUUUGGCCUGGAUGACAUUUUGUGAGAAAGAAAGUCUUGGUACAAAGAACAUAAAUAGUUUCCACUUAGAUGAAAAGGAAAUUUUCAAGUGGCAUAUUCCCUUUUUUCGCAUGGCAAACAUUUAGGGAUGGAUGGAGUGUGUUGUUUGCUGUAUCAAUUUCUGGUCACAAUAUAAUUUUUAUUUUUCUGAAGCUCUGUUGGAGGCAAUGAUGUUAUCAAACCUUAGGGAUGGAAGGGUAUGUUGUUUGCUGUAUUAAUUUCCAGUUACAAUAUAAUUUUUAUUUUUGUGAAGCUCGGUUGGAGGCAAUGAUGUAUUCAAACCCCACGGAUUGCAGCAUGGUCAAUGGAAUUUGUUUGCGCCAUUAUCCUCGUCACAUGUUGCAAAUUUUCUCAUUAAAGUUGGCUAAGAUUCCUGUGGGUGCUGGCAAAGUAGAGUUGUAUGGCUACAUAGCAGCACGGGAUGAGCUGGAACCAUUUCUUAACUAUGUCGUCAAUAUUAGUAGGGAUGAUCCCUUCACAGUGGAGCAGGGUUCUCUUAUCAACAUGGCCCCGAAGCGCGGGAUCCGUUUGGAUUACGGUACUCUAAUUGAAUAUGAUAUGAAGAUCAAGACGGGUGAACAGGAGAAGGAUGAUCUACAGCUGAUUGAUGGUGUGUCUGUGAUAGGCCUCAUGGGCACAGUGGAUCGUUCUGUAUUCACAAGUCGCAUCAUUGGCGAUUAUGGUGCCAUUGACAUAAGUGCAUCACGUCUCGACCGUGCAGUUGAGGUGACUGUAGAAGUUACCGUGUCAGAAGUGCAAGACAUCUUCCAUUUGUGUCUCGGCUGUUUCAUCAGCGGGUUACACGAAGAAAUCCGGCUCUUUGAUGGCACCAUUGGUGAGCCCCGUGGCUUGAAGAGGUAUGUGGUUGCGGUAGUGAUGGGUACUCAGAUGGAUUUGAAGUUCAAGGUAGACGCAGAGUCCUCUGGUUGCUCAGAACAUUGUUGCUCCUUCACGGCACACCAACAUGGGCAUGCCGAUCAAUUGAUCAAGACUGAUUUUGCGUCAUUCUUGGUGAAGGUGACACGGUCUGUUUUACCUAAUAAGAAAAACCUUUUCGGCGCGCCAGCUAAAAGAGUAGAGUGAUGGCAGCAGCAUUGGAACACUAGUGUAAUAAAAAAUCAGGCUUUCCCAACUAGUAGUUGUAAUAAAAGUGUUCGUACUGUCUACCUACAUUUUUUUUUUUGCAACGAAAAUCUAGUUCAUGGGCUUAUGUUUAACGUAUGGAGGAAUUUUCCAGCAGACAUCCAUGGCGUGGUUUGGUUUCUCUGGUGAUUUCUGGGUACUCUGAACAAUCUUGGCAGGAGAUGGUGGUUAGCCUCAUCCUGAAUUGAUCCAAUCUCAUCACUGAUCA